CACCUGCCGAGGUAUCAGGUGUCGCUUUGUGAUCAGGACUGUUUUGAUGCAGUCGGCUAAAAAUGUUAGAAGGGACGGUUAGCUGUAAAAACGUCGACAGAAGCGGGUCGGGACGAGCCGAAAUGGACAUCCCAGCCCCAUCACCCCGGAGAGAUUUAUAACGGUGAAUCACAUCCUGGCCUCGCAAGAACCCAAACCGUGGCUCGAUUUAUUUUCUAUGAAACAUCCAAUUUAUGCCCAGCUAGAUUCGGUAGAAUCGCUGUUGGACGAACUCCCAUAUAUGUUUUAUCUGGGCCUGUUCUUUGUGAACAUCCUGAUCCUCUAUUAUGCCUUUCUGAUGGAGUACAUCGUCCUGAAUGUGGGGAUAGUAUUUCUGCCAGAGGACAUGGACCAGGCGCUGGUGGACCUCGGGGUGCUGUCCGACCCGGCCUCCGUCCCGUAUGACACGGACACGGAGCUGGAUGUGUUUGAGGGGUAUCUAGAUUGACACAGCUGUCCUACAGGAAGACAAACACAUUCAAGUAUUGAUGGUGAUGAUGCAGAGGUCCAGGGCAGAUUGGACCAGCGUGAACACUGUCUGGUCUGGAUCGAGGGGGGAGAAAGCCUCAAAGCGGAUGAUGUUGAUGCCUUUUUCUCACAAAGACAUAUCAGUGAAAAAGUUGUCUAGGCUCAAGAAAAGGUAACUCGAGGAAGAGUUUCAGCACCACCAUGAUCAGCGAAGGUCCUGCGCUGGAUAUGCAGUCAGUCAGUCGUUUGCCACUCUAAUGGACUCUGGUUGGACACCAUGGAGUUGGCACCGGCAUCUGUGUCCUUCACAUUGGAGACAAAGAAAGGAAAAAGGAAGCACAAUGUGCUCUGAGCAGAAAGACAGCUGUUCCCUGUGGAUAUAAAUGUCACCAGAGAUGUGGAGCUUGACUCUGCAUUGCAGCCAGGUCAGAUACAGAAGCAGGAUGUGAUUCGUUGUGAACAAUUACCCAGGAUGAGCAAGAUCUGGUGGCUGACUGCUGAAGAAAGUGAAUCACAGUGUGAAGAACUGGCCGACAGCAGGAAACAAUGUCCACUGUGGGUCUGUUGUAGGUCAUUCACAGUACAACUGGUUUUAGUUAUGUUCUAUUUACGUUUUCAGAACACACAAAGCAUUGCUACUUGGAUGGCUCACGCAUCCUUGAAGCGUCAUUUAAAUAUAUAUAUGUUGGGGUCAUCCAUGCUGUUUGUCUGCUUCAGGCAUGUAGACUCUCAGGGUGCAUAGUUAGGACCUCUGGGUGCUCUGGACACAGGCUGUAAAAGUUGAAGGAGAGCCUUUUUCUUUAAGCUCUCUUAUAAAUCAGAAACACCCUAAAAGCCACACUCUUCUUCACUGUAAUGCAGAAAGUAUCAAAGCAUCUAGGGAGAGUUAUUUAUUUAAUACAGUAUGUCUGCUGAUAAUCUUUAUCACAGUGUUUCAUUUUGUAUUAGAGGCUGACCCCUGGCCAAAUGUGUGAAACUCUUAUCAGCAUGAGUCGUGUCAAAGACAGAACCCUUACCUGAACGAGAAACUCAGAAGUGCUUCAGAUAUUCAACUUCAUCCUCUUUCAUUUGAUGCAUCCAUGUUUUAUUGUUACAAAAUGACACAGAAAAGACUCAACGCAUGACAUUUGUGUUGUUUUUUUAAAUUGGUUUGGUUUCCAAAAUGGUCUUUUAUUUACACUUUUUUAUGUUGAAUAUUUAUGAAUUCAGUAAAGAGAAAUGUAUAUUCUUGGCAGCAAUAAUAAACAAGAUUCAAGCAAUGAGGCAAUUCACUACUAGAUGUAAGCCUUGGAGGCGCUGUACAUACUGUAGGUCGGUAAAGAGCACGUAUAGCCCUGCCUAUUAACUGCACAUAGAUUUUUGAGGCAAUAAAUCAGUGUUUCCUCAGCACAUGACUGCUGUCUGCCAGAAUGAGCAAAUUGUGCUUGUAGUCGUUAUACUCAGAAAGGGAAGUAUGUUGUCAACCAAAUAACUAAAGAUCUAGAGACACAAAACUAAAUAUUUGCACAUCUACAUUUCUUACUCUAGACAAAUGAAUUGCCUUACCGUGUCAAUUCAAACCAGUUGCAAGACAAACUCGGUAUAUUUCCGGAUAAUAAUGAAUCUGCAACAACAUUUAGUUGACGUUACACUAAAGCUCAGGAUACUAAUAUUUAUUUAAUAUUGUAAAAUAUAUGAAUGGUGAAAUCAAACCACAUCAUGCUGGAGGUAGAGGGCUUUAACAGGCUGUUAUCAGUACAAUGAGUUAGGUACAUCAAAUAUGAAGGACAGUCCCUAUAUUUUAACAAUCAAUGCAAGUGAAGCUGUUACAUUGGCAGGAUCUACUUUUGUAUGUCAACUGUUAAUAAAUCAUUAGUGGUAGUUGCACUGCCGUUUCCCAGGCAUGAUAACACACUGCGUUUGAUCAACUCUGCUCAACUGUUAGUUUAGUAGAACGCUGCUGUGAGACUUCACAAGGACUGUGACCAUACCCUCCACGUCUGCUUCUAUAAAGACAUGCACAUGCUAUAAUAAGCUUUGGAUUGUAACAGAGUUUUAUUUUCCAACGUGUAUUUAAUAAACUAUGAGCGAAUGCCAA